AUGACCGCGGACACCCUACCCCCGGUUUCCAAGACUUCUGUCCUCAUCAUCGGCGGCGGGCCAACAGGCCUGACCACUGCCCUUUUACUUGCUCGUUAUGACCUGAAGACGAUCAUUGUGGAACGCCAUUAUCACCGCACCGGACAGCCCAAAGCCCAUGCAAUUAAUCCUCGGUCGCUAGAGAUCUUCUGCCAGAUGGGCCUUGAUACUCCUGGGCUACGAAGUUCAGGUGUACCGCCGGGAGAUGGUGAUACAGUGCGCUUUGUGGUGUCCAUGGCAGGCAGGGAGCAUGGCACACUCCCCUACGAACGUCAGGGCCCUGACACUCUCGAGAUCACACCGGAGCCUUUGUUCAACAUCCCACAGCCCAGCCUAGAAGACUUUCUUCUGAGCGCCGUAAAACGCAACGAGAACAUCACAUUCUGCCGCGGUAUGCAGUGGGAGGGCUGUUAUCAGCUAGAACCGAGGCUCCUGGUUUCAAAUGUCAGGGAGCGAGCGACUGAUAAUCUAAAGAUCGUUGCGAGCGGUUAUGUGCUGGACUGCGGUGGCGCCAACUCGCGCGCCCGGGAUCUGCUGGGAAUUCCAUUCGCGCCGUUACCUCAGUAUGUCCAGAACAAGGUGCACCAUCUCUCGGUCCACUUCAACGCCGAUCUGUCCGGCUUCCAACCGGGGACUCUAUGGUGGAAAACAUCACCGGAGAAGUUUACUGAGCAAUAUUGCCGAGAGCUGUUGGAUAAUGUGAGCUUCCAUGCCCAAGGAUUCCCUUCAACGGGGUCUCGUUUGGCCAUUGGAGAAAGAUUACCGUACGAGAUCCUCUCGGUUACGGCCUGGUCAACGUGGCCCCGCACAGCCGGAUUCUAUCAAUCGCGAAAAUUCCCACGAGCCUUUGUGGUGGGAGAUGCCGCCCACGCCUUUCCCCCCACAGGCGGCCUAGGUGUGAACACCGGCAUCGCAGAUGCUCACAACCUUGCGUGGAAGAUUCAGGCCGUGGAAAAUGGAUGGGCCAACGAGACCAUCCUUGCCACCUAUGGGAAGGAGAGACGGCCUGUGGCUGUCGCAAAUGCGCAUCAAAGCGUGAAGAAUCAGGUCAAGCUACGGAACCUGAAGGCCGCGUUGCGAAACCCGCCUACAGAUACAGCUUCGGAGGACUGGGACAGGUGGAAGGAGCACCUUGAUACUGAGCUCCGGGCUAAUGCUGAGCACUUUGACUCGAUCAGAUUGCAGAUCGGUUAUCGCUACGGAGAAGAUGAAGUUUCCGCGGGAGAGGAGCCCUGCGAUGUCUAUGUACCGAGCAACAAGCCGGGGUCCCGACUUCCGCAUGCAUGGAUAUUCUUCAAGGGUCAAAAAAGGCUUUCUACCCUGGAUCUUGUCGAUGGGACCGGAUUUGUCUUGAUUCUGUCUGAUAACUCAGCCGGCUUUUUGGCGGCGGCUGUAGCGGACUUCAAAGGAGUCCCCGUGACGAUUCAUACAUUCCGUGUGGGCUCUGACUUCGUUCUUUUAGCCGAUUGGUGGCUGUCUACAGUUGGGCUUUCGUCACCGGGUUCGGGGCUACUGAUCCGUCCUGAUCAACAUAUCUUGGGUAAUGUGACAUCUGUGGAGGAGAUUGAGCAACUUGUUGCUGCCUGCCUUUGCGCUUGA